AUGGUGAUUCUGCAGGAGCUUUUCUCCACGCUGCUGCGAGCGUCGGAAAAAUCCUGGCAGGGUCAGCUGAAUGAAGAUAAACUGAAGUGUAAACUACAGGCUCUUGAAAAUCAGCUGCAGGCCUGCACACAGAGUUACUCAAAGGAGUGUGUGAAGAAGAUCCUGAUAGAGAUGGAGGACCAGAAGCAGACCUACGAGCAAAAGGCAAAAGAGGCUCUUCAGAAGAUGCUGGAGGAUAAACUUCAAACAGAGCAGCAGCUGCAAAACUCCCAGAGAAGCCUGGAAGCAACGAGGGAGGACUUGACCUUCUGGAAAGAGCACUACACCACGCUCAAAGCUGAAUUGACCAAGAUAACCUCGGCGUACACCAAGCUCGAGAACGGCUUCCACAUUUUGCAAAGUGAACUGCAGCGAGCAGACGCGCAGAAGGAGCAGCUGCAGGAAGCCCUGCGCAGCCUGCGGAGCGAGCACGCCGCGCUCCACCAGCGAGCCAGCGCCCUGCGGGACGACAACGACCUGAAGGCAGAGCACAUCAGCACCAUCGAAGAUAAACUGCAAAAAGAACAAAAUCAGAAGGUAACACUGGAGGCAACAAUCAGCCACCUGCACGACGUGAUACAGAACCAGAUCAAGGAACGGGAGUCCCAGGAGGUGACGGUGCAAAGGAAAGACCAGGUUUUCACCACGCAGACCCCACCUCUCACUCCUGCCAAGGAAAACCAAAACGCUCUGUUUGAGCGCCCUGAGGAGGAGGAGGGAGAAGAAAGUCUGAAGGAUGAGAUGCAGAAAAGGACAUCCCAACUUGCAGCAAAGGAGAAUGAGGUACAUACGGACGUACAGGCAGCAGCUAUGAACCCCCCCGGUCCCUGCAGUGCCUGCGCACGGGCGACACGCUGCAGCCGCUGCGGGAGCCCCGUCCGUCUCGGUGCGUACGCGAGCGAGGGGAUCCCUCCCGCUAACGGCCCCUCGCUCUGCUUGCAGUGCAGGGAGCUGCGCUCAGAGCUGGAGGCCCUGAGCGACGAGUACCGCUCCUGCCUGACCAGGCUGCGCCAGUGCCGGGACGAGCUCAACCGCUUCCAGAGCAAGCAGGCAAAGAGACGGCGCAGUCACUGGAUCCCUCUCCUGGUGGCAGUGCUAGCAGUGGCCAUAGCCACCUUCCUUGCCGGUUGCAGACCAUGA